GCUCACGGGGUAGUCACGUGGGGCUCAAGUUCGUGGGUUAGGUUGCUUCUGGAAGAGGUCAGCGAGUGGAGAAGAGGUUUGAAGGAAUAAGGCAGAGAUGAGUAUAAAAUUGUCAGGAAUUCGGACGUGGCGAUCGCUCCAUCACGGUAAACUGACGUAUUCCCGGUAUGCAGCAGGUGUUUUGUCGGGACGACUGAGAUACAGCAGUGAAAGAGAGCCCGUUAAACAGGAGAAGAGGCCAGGCGAGAGGUCAGGUUUCACCCCUCCCACCAGCAGCAGAUGUGACUGGAUUGGUCCUCCGGAUGGAUUGUCUAACCUCCGGCCAAUCAGGUUCCACAUCCCUGAGAAGGAAAGCCCCACGGAAGCCAGGCUGAGGCGCCUGAGGCAGGAAACGGAGGACUGGAACCAGCAGUUCUGGGCCAAUCAGAAUUUGUCUUUCAGCAGGGAGAAAGAACAGUUUGUCUUGUCGACUCUGAAGGCAAAGGGGCUGGGACUGAGGGACGAAGAUGGCAGGAGAAGAAUUCUGAGCGCCGAUGAGAUGGCAGUCUUCUACAAAGACUUCCUGGACAAGAACCGUCAGAAACACUCCAGCUACAACAGGGAGUGGUAUCGGCGCAACCUGGCCAUCACCUUCCUCAUGGGCAGAGUCGUCCUGCAGAGAGCUUGGAGAAAGCUGAUGGGGAACCAGAAGGACACCACGCUGACGUGACUUUCAAUAAAUACAUGUGACACCGCAGUGAAGUGA